AUGGAAGAAUUCAUCACCAGCAACUUGGACCGCUACCAAUGGCUUCUCGACCGAGUCAAGACGGGGCCGAAGCCAAAGGUGCCACCCAAUUCAGAUUCUUCUGUCGACAAUUUAGUUUGUGCUCGUAUACGGCCACUAGCAGAUGAUGAAGUCGCUGCCGGGCUACCAGCGUCCGUCUUUACAAGGGCUCGGGAGCCGGGGACGUUUGAUGCGCAUGAAUUGAGACAUGCUGUGAGGGGGAAGCCGGUUCUGCGGUCUUCUGCUUAUACGGUGGACAGGUCCUACGGCCCUGACUCUCAACGGAAACCAUCUACCAAGACGCAGUUCAACAUCUUGUUCCUUGGCGGUGUCGAGAAACUAGCCACCAAAGAUCUGCUGGAGGGUAAUCUAGAGGGACAUCGUAGAAUCUUCAUCCCCGUGGCGGAAUUCGCAGGCAAUUCGGCAUUCGACCUUCUCAACGGCCGACGCGCCAUCUCCGUGCUUGAGGAUGCCUUUGGCAACACCCAACUUGCAGGAGCCCUAGAGCACGAAGUCAAGGCCGUAUCUGAAGUCCUCGCACACAUCGAGAACGCUACCAAAUUUCGUCACACGGAGGCAACCAAGAAGAACGACACGUCCUCCAGAGCUCACGCGGUAUGCCGCAUCCGCAUAGAGAUCCAGGACAUCCCCAGCGCUGAAGGCGGCAUCCUGUACCUUGUUGACUUGGCAGGCUCGGAAGCAGCCCGAGACAGAGACACGCACGGACCCCACCGCAUGAAGGAAGCAAAGGAGAUCAAUGUCAGUCUUUCAGUGUUGAAGGACUGUAUCAGGGGCAAAAUUGAAGCGGAUUCCCUCAUUGGGACGCAGACGAAGAAGAAGCCGUAUGCGCCGUUUCGGCAGAGCGCCUCGACAAAGGUCCUCAAGCACGUGUUUGAUCCAGCGGGGACGAGAAUCUGCAAAAACGUGGUCAUGGCGUGUGUCAAUUCGUGCCUUUUGGAUAUCUCGGCGAGUCGGAAUACCUUGAGAUAUGCGGAGAUGUUGAGGGGGUUUGUGCCGCAGGUGAAGGAGGUCAAGUAUAGAAGUGACGUGCCGGCGACGUGGAAUAAUGAGCAGUUACGGGAGUGGAUUACUGCGAAUUCUGGUUCGCCAUCGGUUGAUGCCACGGUACUGGCUCUUCAUGAGACCGGCGCACAGCUGCUCCGUCUGCCAGUGCCAGAGUUUGAGACUCGAUGUAUGAAGACGCCUGGCGUUAUCCACGAGCAAGCCUUUGCUUUUCGCCAAAAGCUGUGGCAACUUCAUGUUGACUCUCGGCGUCCAAAGGAGAAGGCCCAGGUUGAAGAGGACGAUGGUCCAGACACAGUUCUGGGCCACCUCAAGAAGUUUGACAGGUCUUCGAGCCGCGACCUUGACGCUUCGACUCAAUCUAUCCCCUUCAAGGAUCGCAUUCGUCCUGGUAUGGCCGUCAGCUGGAAACCAACCGAGGAGCAUGAUAUGGGUUGCUUCUGGGAAGGACCCAACAUUGCUUUAAUCUUGUGCCCUGCGGCAGCUGUCGGCCAAUAA